AUGGAGUUAGCGCAUCGGGCAUAUUGGGCAAUCACAACGGUAAAUGCGGAUUACAAUGAAGCCGGAAAGAUGAGAAAGUUGCAAUUGUGCGAAAUCGAAGAGCUUAGAGAUGAAGCAUAUGAGUGUGCAUCGGCAUAUAAAGACAAACUCAAGAAAGUACACGAUGCAAAAUCGAGGAAGAAAACUUUUGAAGUGGGUCAAAAGCUCAAAAGUAAAUGGAUGGGCCCGUAUGUCGUUCGGCGAGUUGGGAGAUUUGGUGAUAUAGACAUUCAAGAUGAACAAACGAACAAACAACAAACGGUAAACGGUCAUCGGUUGAAGCCGUACUUAGAGGGGAACGACAUAAACAACUUGGAACUUGACAAAGUGGGCUACAUUCUACGCCCGGUCGAUGAAGAACAACCAUGA